AUGAAGGAAUGACACAAGGAGAUGAUUAAGAAUGGAAAACGACAAAUAGGAGAAAGAAAGAAAAAAGCAAAGGAGGUGAGCAGUACUCACUGACCUACCUCUAGUCAUUGAGCAAUGUUCAUUACCGAGAGCCUCUGCCUCCUUCAGAGCACCACGUUCGGGUGCAGAUGCCACGUAAUUAGAGCCGGACCCUCCGACUCUCACGGUCUGCGCUGCGGCAACGGAGGCGACUGAUGAGCUGCCAGUGGCGAUAAGGAAGAGAAGGGGAAAAAAAAAGAAAAAGAACAUGGAAAAAGGAAGAGGAGCAAAGCAGAGCCGGCAGAAGAGAAGCGGAGGCUUGGGCGCUGUGUGGGAGCGUGUGAGGCGGCGGAGCAGCGCACGGUGUCGCUGCAGGCUGAGGAAGGGCGUGUGGGCGGCUCCUUGGCGGUGCGGCGGAGAGCCCGGCUGUGAGCGCGGGGGGGCGGCUGGGGCCGGGCAGCGGAGCCGGUGCGUGCGGGCGGCGGCGGGAGCCGUGCGGGGCCCGUGCGGGGUCGGAAGGACUGGUCGUGUGCGGCGGCGAUGGGCGAGUGUUUGUGGGGUGCGGUGUUGCGGGUGGUGGCGGUGCAGGCGGCGUGGGCGCUGUGCUGGGGGCAGGUGCGGUACUCGGUGCCGGAGGAAGCGAAGGCCGGGACGGUGGUGGGCCGUGUGGCGCAGGACCUGGGUCUGGAGGCGGGCGAGGCGGAGGCGCGGCGGCUGCGGCUGGUGCCUGGGGGCCGGCGGGCGAGCGUGGAGGUGAGCGGGGCGAGCGGGGCGCUGGUGGUGAGCUCGCGGCUGGACCGGGAGGAGCUGUGCGGCAAGAGCGCGCCGUGCGCGCUGCGGCUGGAGGUGCUGCUGGAGCGGCCGCUGCGCGUCUUCCACGUGGAGCUGGAGGUCACCGACAUUAAUGACAAUGCCCCCACCUUCCCCGCCGCCCGAAAAAACAUCAGCAUCCCGGAAUCGUCUGUGGUGGGUUCCCGUUUCCCGCUGGAGGGCGCGUCUGAUGCGGAUAUCGGAGUGAACGCGCAGCUCUCGUACACACUCAGCCCAAGCGAGCAUUUCUCUGUGGAUUUACAGAAAUCGAAUGAGCGAAACAUUGAACCUGAACUUGUUUUAACAAAAUCUCUAGACCGGGAGACGAUGGCGGUGCACCGGUUGUUGCUGACGGCGAGUGACGGGGGUCGGCCGUCUCUGACGGGCACGGUGGAGCUGGUGAUCUCGGUGCUGGAUGCGAACGACAACGCGCCCCAAUGUAACCAGUCGGUGUAUAAAGUGCAGCUGCCGGAAAGCGCUGCAGUGGGGACGCUGGUGGCGAGGGUGAACGCCACGGAUCCCGAUGUAGGAAGCAAUAGUGAGCUGAGCUACACCGUGACGAACUUUUUCCCAUCCAGUAGCAAAGAUGUGAUUUCCAUCAAUCCGAAGACGGGGGAGAUUCACCUCACGGGAGCCUUGGACUUCGAAGAAGUCAAUGUAUUUGAUUUCCGUAUAGAAGCGAGAGACCAAGGGACGCCCUCGCUGUCGGGCCACUGCAAGGUGGUGCUGGAGGUGCUGGACGUGAACGACAACGCGCCGGAGGUGCGGGUGACGUCGCUGUCGGUGCCGGUGUCGGAGGACGCGUCGCUGGGGACGGUGGUGGCCCUGCUGAGCGUGUGGGACCGGGACUCGGGGUCGAACGGUCGUGUGCGGUGCUGGGUGUGGCCGUCGGGUCCGUUCGUUCUGGAGGCAACGUUGUCGGGGUCGUACUCGCUGGUGCUGCGGGAGUUGCUGGACCGGGAGCGGGUCGUGCGUGCGGAGGACGGCGGUUCUCCGUCGCUGGGCGGCCGCGUUGGGCGGCGUGUGCCGGUGUCGGACGUGAACGACAACGCGCCGUCGUUCGCGCAGGCGGUGUACACGGUGCUGGCGCGGGAGAACAACUUGGCGGGCGCGGAGCUGGCGCGGCUGUGGGCGCGGGACCCGGACGAGGCGGGCAACGGGCGCGUGAGCUACUCGUUGUGGGAGGGCGCGUUGGGCGGGGGGCCGGGGUCGUGGGGGUCGGGGACGUCGGGGUCGGUGGGGGGUGUUGCGGCGUCGAGCUACGUGUCGGUGGAGGCGGAGAGCGGCGUGUUGCGGGCGCUGCAGCCGCUGGACUACGAGGAGGUGCAGGUGCUGCAGUUCGAGGUGCGUGCGGUGGACGCGGGGGAGCCGUCGCUGUGCGGCAACGCGACGGUGCAGCUGUUCGUGGUGGACGAGAACGACAACGCGCCGGCGCUGCUGCCGGCGGCGGGCUCUGGGUCGGAGGCCGGGUCCGUGUCGGGGGAGGCGGGGACGCUGUGGGCGUGGGCGUCGUGGGGUUCGCCGUCGGGUCAGGUGGUGGCGAAGAUCCGGGCGGUGGACGCGGACUCGGGCUACAACGCGUGGCUGCGCUACGAGCUGUGGGAGCCGCGGGGCAAGAGCGCCUUGUUCCGCGUGGGGCUGUACAGCGGCGAGGUGAGCACGGCGCGGGCGCUGGAGGAGGCGGACGGGCCGCGGCAGAGGCUGGUGAUCGUGGUGCGGGACCACGGCGAGCCGGCGCGCUCGGCCACGGCGACGCUGAGCGUGUCGCUGGUGGAGGGCGGCGAGGCGGCGCUGGCGGCGGCGGCGGGCUCGUCGUCGCUGCUGCCGCGCUCGUUGGCGGGCGGCGAGAGCGGCUCUGGGCCGGCGGCGGCGGCGGCGGCGGCGACGACGAACGUGUGGCUGGUGGUGGCGAUCUGCGGCGUGUCGAGCCUGUUCCUGCUGGCCGUGGUGCUGUACGGGGCGUCGCGCUGGGCGCCGCGGGCGGCCGUGCUGUCGGGGCCCGGGCCCACGACGCUGGUGUGCGCCAGCGAAGUGGGCAGCUGGUCGUACUCGCAGCGCCACAGCCGGAGCCUGUGCGUGGCGGACGGCGCGGCCAAGAGCGACCUGAUGGUUUUCAGCCCCAACUUCCCGCCGCCGCCCGGCGCCGCGGCCAAGGACACGCAGCCGGAACCUCCCUCUCUCCUCGACACGAUCUUCAGUGAGUCAUCACCUCUUUCUGCAGUUCUCAGCAGGCCUGUAUUUUAACUCUGCUCUGUAGGGUGGUAUCUCUUCUUACCCUUGAUACAUCACAGUCUGUGACACUUCGAGAUCCCCUGAUGAGCUAUUAAAUGGAACAGUUCCUGGUAAAGAUCUCUGCCCGAUUACAGUGUUGACUUUAUGUUGCUGGUAUUAUCAGGUCUGGUUUUACUGCCAUUGGUGUAGUUAAUCACAACUCUGAGUGCCUCUUUCAGCCUUCUUUUAUUUUGAAGGAGUGUCUUUAUUUGUUUAGAUUUUCCUGUCUUAGAGGUAGGGUAGUUCUAAUGAAUUUCUUGGGUUUGGAUCCUGGGAAGUGCUUGUUUCCAGUCUUUUCUUAAUCAGAAGUCUGUCCUCCUUUUUGGUUCACCUCUGAAAGAGAAAUCAUGCAAAGUUCUUGCCUACUUACCUUGCAUGGCAUAUAUUAGUUUGUGAAGUACUACAGAAUUACUAUGGACAUGGCAAAGACAGAAGUAUUUCACGUUUUCCCCUUCUAAGUAUGAUUUAAAUGUACUAUCUAAUAUAAGGUACCUACUGGCAGAAGAACACGAACCAAAGUAGAUAUUAAAAAUGUGCAGCCAUAGUGCUAUAUUGGGCAAGAUGUACUGUUAGAGGACUUGUUUAUGGUGGAUUGAUGUAUUUGUAGAAGCACCUCAGUUUGAUUUCUGACCUGGGUGGUUCCAUGUACCUUGCAGUUGUAGGCUUUGUAUUUUUUUUGAUGUUU